GGGGGGGUCCCCCACUGUGCCCCCCACUCCCCUCAGGCAGCCUUCCCCUUCUCCCCCUUUCCCUUCCCUAGCCCGGCUGGGCCUUGCCAGGCCGCCCCGGUUGAGGCCGGAGGAAGGGGAAGUGCCGGGACGGGAACCGGGAACCGGGAACGGGGCCGGGGGGGGGGGGGGGCCUACACCGGAGGAUACCGGGGGUGAGCCCAGACUCUUCACCGGGGAACGGUGACCCGGUCUGAGCCGGGACACGGGGCCCACCGAUCAGCCCAGAGGGCGGGGAUGGCUGGAGCUGUCCCAUGGAAGGUGAAGCAGCGGUCGCUCGUCUUGCGGAGACCCCCCCAAAUGACGGGGACGCCCGGGAGGUGCCAAAAGAAGAUGAAAACGGAGCUGAGGGAGCAGCAGCCGCAGAGGAGCUGGCUGCGAGCAGGGGGACGGGGGACAGCCGUGUCCCCCCGGGAUGUCUGCGGCCGGACCAGGACACGGCACGCUUGGACCGCAGGGACGGUGGAAGAGACGCUCUCCCGAAGCCCUCGACUGCCUCGAUGGACAGGCAGAGGAGCACCGAGCUCUUGGCCCUUGACAGUUUCCCCCUGAAGCACACGAACACGCUGACGAACAGGCAGCGAGGCAAUGAGGUCUCAGCCCUCCCAGCCACGCUGGACACAUUGUCCAUCCACCAGCUUGCUGCCCAAGGUGAGCUCAGCCAGCUGAAGGAGCAUCUUCGGAAAGGCGAGAACUUGGUAAAUAAACCUGAUGAGAGAGGUUUCACACCGCUGAUCUGGGCUGCAGCCUUCGGAGAGAUCGAAAUGGUCCGUCACCUGCUGGAAUGGGGCGCUGACCCCCACGCGCUGGCGAAGGAGCGGGAGAGCGCCCUGUCCCUGGCCAGCAUGGGUGGCUACACCGACAUCGUCAUCAUGCUGCUGGAGAGGAACGUGGACAUCAACAUCUACGACUGGAACGGCGGCACUCCUCUGCUCUACGCCGUGCGCGGCAAUCACGUCAAGUGUGUCGAGGCCCUACUAGCUCGCGGCGCAGACCUGACGAUGGAGGCAGAUUCUGGCUACACCCCGAUGGAUCUGGCCGUGGCCCUGGGACACAAGAAAGUCCAACAGGUUAUUGAAAAUCACAUCCUCAAGCUAUUUCAGAACAAGGAGCUAGAGUGACGCAGUGGCUCACACUGCACUGCUGCAGCACCAGCGCUUCUCCUGGCCGACACAGGGCUCUUCUGGGACCAACGUGGCCUCACCCAGCCAUCCCAAAACGGGCAGCAGCACGAUGCUUCGAGCAAGGAGCGUGCGGAGAAAGUCGGGAACUGCCUGCCCUCACUGGAUCUAUGCCUCUCCUGGAGGGUGGCACGGCCACAGUGCCUCGCACCCCAGGACACUCGUUUCUCAUGGCAGCUGCAUUUCUGCGCUGUCUGGGCUCGGCUGCUUCGUCCGUGUGCUCAUUCAGGUAUUGCAUUAUUGGAAGUAAACUCUAAAGCAGC